AUGCCAGGUCCCAAACACUGGGAAAAGAUUCAACUAAGGGAGCCACUGCCACCACCUGUGAGAGUUAUGCCUGGCAGACCUAAAUCCAAAAAGAGAAAGAAGGAAAAGGGAGAGGGUGUAGCAGAUGCAGCUGAGGGUACUUCACAAAAAAGGCAGAAGAGAUGCCAAAAAUGUGCUCAAUUUGGACACUAUGCAAAAACUUGCUCCAAUAUGCCUCCAGAAGUGAAAGAGCCUUCUUCCAAGCCUAACUCUAUGGGAAAACCUGCUGUAAACACACCAUGGGUGGAAGAACAGAGGAGAAUCAAAGCUGCAAGAGCUUUAAACAAGACUACUCCUGGAGCAUCAGCAGGACCUAACAGCAUUGCCAAUAAGAAGUUCCCACAAGAAGAGGCUAAGAAGAAGGCUGCUACUGCUGCAGCAAAAGCUUCCUCAACAGCUGCUGCAGCAGCAGCAUCUCAAGGACCAAAGGCAUCCUCAAAAACUGCUGCAGCAAAAGCAUCUCAAGGAGCAUCAGCACCCUCACAAGCAGCACCUUCUCAAAGGCCUAAUACAAGGUCAAGGCAGAGUGCAGGAGCUGAGCCAUACCUCUGCAGCCAAGCAUCAACCACAACAACAGCAAAAAAUACUACAACAACAAGGCCAAGCAAGAAAAAAAAUUAA